AUGCUCCGUCGCUUGUCUUUGUCUGCGCUCGUGCCGCGCUUGGCCGCUGGUGUCGUAGUCACCACUGCUGAUCGCACCAUUGUUGUCUUCAGCCAGCAGCACCACAUUCUGGAAAGCAACCAGCGGGCGCGCAACAGCCCUAGUAACGUGUGGGUCGAGGACUGGGAGGUGGAUCGCCUAGGCAUGAAGCCGGAGUCAGGUGCGCUGCCCACGCAGCUGGUUUUGGAUAAGCAGCUGGAGCUGUUCAACUUCGACCAGCUCCUCUCGCCCCCAGAGGUGAUGGAGGCGCCUAAGCACAGCAGCUACAGCAGCCGCAAGGUCUACGGUGAGCGGCUGCAGUUCGAGCUGAACGACCGCGCGCAGCGGCACAGCUACCAAAGCAAAUGGUGGAUCACCCGUGGCCAGGCGUACAAGGAGAACCUGCAGUUUAAGGCCAACGCGCGGUCGAGCAUCCUCUUGACCAAGUCGCAGAUCAAGCUCUUUCACUCCAGCCAGCUCAGCGGCGGCGACGCCCUCCAGCAGUACCCCGUUAGUGGUGGCAGUCGUCGUGUGUACAGCAAGAAGGGAGAUAUAUUCCAGCUUCUGCAGGACCACAUCAAGUCGAACGACUUCAACAGCGGCCUGUACUUCACCCGCCGUCAGAUAGAGUUCUUUAAGCUCUCUCCGCUGCCGGAUCAGGUGCCAGUGGUGCAGGAAGCCUUAACGGGUGACCGUCAUCUUAUCUACAAUGUGGACCAGCUGGAGGACCCGCACCUGGCACUGAAGACACUGCAGCGUGCACCGGUGAAUGUGCCGACUUUUCUGCUCUCUGGGGAGCCGAUCAUGUCAGAAAACACCAAGAAGUUCCCGAAGACGUUCCGCAGCAACUUCUGGCUGACCGGGCGUGAUGCCGAGCUUUACCAGUGGCCCAUCAGAGAGAGCGAAAAACGCCGCGGUGUGCCGUUCAGCAGUGGGACCUCGUCCCCGGUUCAGUACGAGCUGUUCAAUGUGGAGCAGCUGUCGAACCCCGAUGAGGCGUUUGCACGCGCGGGCUUGUUCAUCCAGUAG